GAAAAAGGAAAGCCCACAAAAGCGAUCGGGCCGCCGUAACCCGGAAACUACCAGAACGAUACUAAUGGCGGGAAACAGAUUCGAGCAGGCCGCUGGCACUUUUUACGCCGAAGAAGAACCAUAGAAGAAGAAGAAUACACGCAUCGUUAAGGGAGUAGAGAAAGAUGGAGAAAAAAAUAGGUGCCGCCAUUGAAGAGCUUCCAAAGACUAUAGUUCGCCGAGUGGUCAAAGAGAAGCUCUCUCAGUGCUCUCGGGACCAGGACAUCUCCGUCAACAAAGACUCGCUUCUUGCCUUUUGUGAAAGCGCUCGAAUCUUCAUCCAUUACCUCUCCGCUACGUCGUAUGAUAUAUGCAAGGAAUCAAAGAGGCAGACGAUUAAGGCGGAAGAUGUAUUGAAAGCUUUAGAAGAUAUGGAAUUUCCCGAAUUGGUUAGGCCUCUUAAGGCCUCCCUCAAUGAAUUCAGACGCAAGAAUGCCGGAAAGAAGGCAGCUGCAUCCAGAGAAAAAGAAGUGAAAAAGAAGAGGAAGAUAGAAGAGCCAACAGUUGAAGGUACAGAUGGAGAAAGCGUAGAUGGGGUUGGAAAUGAUGAUAAUGACGAAGACGGAAACGAAGAUGAAAAUGGCGCUAGUGAUGACUGAGAAACAUGAUCUGUUUCACUAAUAAGGUACUCAAAAUGAGGUUAUUCUACCACACUUGUACGUUGUUUACUUUCAAAAUACAAAGAACUGAUUUUGCGAUGGUUUACAAAUCUUCUAGAAAGGAAGAUUUAUUUAGGUUGUAUAUUGUGAAGGGCAGCUGCACCUUUUAGCAAGUUCUGUAUCUAUUUGUCGACAUGGUAGUCAGAGAGUUCCCCCCAAGACCUUGUUAGUUCAUUUGCUUACUGCAUUUCUUUUUGUUAUGUUGUCAAGCAAAGACAUUAAGGACAUUUCUCUAUCCUUCUUUUGUUCAUUACUUGAAAUCCAGAAAAUGUUUAGUACGCAUGCUAUUGUGAACUUGCGGAUCAUGGAAUUUUUCUAUUUCACCGACGGAAUGAGAUAUUAACAUUUUGAUUUUAA